AUUUUAUGUCGAGAGCUAGUAGCUUUAGAGAAGAUUACAAGGACGAAGAAAUUGACUAUACAGGCUAUAGGAAGUAUAAGAAACUGAUAAACCCAGACAAACUAAUAGGAAUCACCUACAACUUCGACCCAAUGAAGCUAGCAAUUGACACUCUUUUCAAAUAAAUGUUUCGAGACCGAGCAGCAGAUGGCCCACCUCAAGAACCAGAAUGAAGAUGUCAGCCAGCAAUUAGAGGAUUGCAAGGAUGUGAUCCUUGAAAGUCAAGAGAAGUUCGUUAUAGUUCAGUGCAAAAUUGGAUCUGUCAAUCCUGAAGACUACUCCUUCGCACAGAUUUACAAAGAUCUUCACGCUACUGCGAAGAAAUUGGAUGAUUUGCAUAAAGAAAUGACUGAAUUGUUCCAGGCAAAGCAUGAUGAUGGCACUAUGAAGUACUACAAGGAAGAGCUUAAUAAGAAAUGCUCAAAAAUAGGAGACAGAAUGACCCAACUAGAGCAAGGUAUUCAUGCGUUUGUAGAACUUCAUAAUUUUCAUGACCAAAAUGAAACACAGUCUUUGAAGAUGCAAAAGAGGGAAAGUGAUAAUAAAUUAAGUAAAUCACAGCUCUCUACAGUGGAUCCUCUGCUUGGAAAUCCUCCUCAAACUUAUGAUGAAGAGCACAAGUGUUUAGAGAAGAAACUUAAGCAGUUAAAGCAGAAGUAUUCUCUAAUUUCCACAAAUUUAAAGGAGGAAAAACCAGAUGCCUUUGCUCAGGAAAAAGAAAAUAUUUAUAAAAGAAUUGAAGAAGCGACUCAGAUUGCAAAGGCUAAUAAAAAGAAGGUAGUUGAGACCCAGUCUUCAUUAACCAAGGCUCUUGAAGAGACCACUGAUAAACUCUUGAAAAAUUGUUCAGACAGAGUCCAUGAUCUCAAGGCUGAACUGAUCAAGAGACUCAAAUAAAAUCGAAAACUUGAGCAUGGGUGGUUCCUCAAUAGGAGAAUCCACAAUCACUUCCAUCAGAGGAGAUAUCAAAGACUUAACACAGAAAUACAAAGUCUGUAAUGAUCGCUUGGGCCAGGUCGACAAAGACAUCGCAGAGCACGAUGACAUUUUAGCAAAGCUGCUUAAAGACACUCAUGCCAAAGCAAGCUCAAAGGACCACAAUGACCUUGCCAAAGAUGUUGACAGACUCGAUGCCCACUUCAAGCAGCUGCUCGACCAAGUCAACAGCAUCAAAGUUCCUGACCCUGUUGUUGCUUCUGACGAUAGUGCUCGGUACCAGGCUCUCGAAAGAAUGCUGGUCUCUCACCAACGCAAAAUGGAGCAGUCCGAAGAAGACCUCAACAAGCGGAUGAAAGACGCCAACAAACUGACUGAACUCAUCAAAGAAGAAGUGGACGCCAUCAUCGAAGAGCAGGAGAAGCAGCUUGUCAAAACCAUUUCGAAGGCCAACCUGUGUGAAGUCAGGAUCGGAGCGCUUGAGAACCAACUCAAAGACUACCACGCAAAGCCAGCUAUCACAGGUGGAGAUGGAGACUUCAAAGAAGCCAUCAAGGCUGUCAAGGCGCUCGAGAGCAAAGUGGAAGCACACAAGCACGACUUCAUGGACAAACUAGCUGCCAUCGAGUACCAGAGACUGCCCCUCAAGCUAGACAAGCAAGACCUCGAAGCACUCGAAAGCUCGCUCAGAGACAAAAUCUUUGGACUCGACAAGAAAAUCAUGAAGCUGAGGACUGACCUGCAGAGCAUCUCGAAGCUGCACGACAGAGUGGUCAAGACCAUCGAGAAAGACAGGGCUGUUGAAGACAAGACCGACAAAGAUGAAGUGAGUUUGCUGAAGAAGCCUCUGAUGGGAUUCAAGUGUGCAAACUGUGAGAGAGACUUGAACAAUCUGGAACAGACGAGCACUGAAUUCUUCAACUGGAAGAAAUUACCUCAUCAACUUCAAAAGAGAAAGAAGAUGAACAUGAACCUGCACAGUAUCGGGCAAGGAUUCUCAAAGAUGCUUCAGACAUUCAGCACUGAUGAUCUUCACAAGGACCAAAGCAAGACAAACAUACUAUCAUCAGAUCACAUUAUCGAAGAGAGUGACCACACUUUACCAUUGCCUAAAAAUACUGCAAGAGUAAUCAGAGAUGUGGGCUUAGCCUCAAGUGGAGUCGGUGCUUCUGAAGGAAAUUCAAGACUUCUCCGUAACAACUUACCAUUAGUUCAAAACAGCCCAGGCACCAACAUGAAUCCCGACUCCAACCACCCGAGAAGAGAGUUCUUCAACAGCACAGAGGAUGGGAUAAGGAAGUUCAGAAGCCAGACUCCCAGAAAAGACAGAUAAAUAUGUAGC